AUGACUCAUCAUGAGUCCUUUGGAGUUGUGGUUGGUCAUCGGGUUGCCAUUCACCAAUCCCUGAAUGGCUCUGCAGCCACCCAGCACCCAGAGUGUUUGGUGCCUCCGGACUCACAACAGCUGGAUCCCAUAGAUCCCAAAGAGCUGCUUGAAGAAUGCAGGGCAGUUCUGCACAUGAGGCCUCCCCGGUUCCAGAGGGAUUUUGUGGACUCAAGGACAGACUCAACAAGUAGCCACCCACCCAUUAGGGUCAUGCAGUGGAACAUCCUUCCUCAAGCUCUUGGGGAAGGCAAAGAUAACUUUGUACAGUGCCCUGUUGAGGCACUCAGGUGGGAAGAAAGGAAAUGUCUUAUCCUGGAAGAGAUCCUGGCCUACCAGCCAGACAUCCUGUGCCUGCAAGAGGUGGACUCCUACUUCAACACUUUCCAGCCUCUCCUCAGUAGAUUGGGCUACCAGGGUACCUUCUUUCCAAAGCCAUGGUCGCUCUGUCUGGAUGUGGAACACAACAAAGGUCCUGAUGGCUGUGCUUUGUUUUUCCUUCAGAACAGAUUUGAGCUGGUCAACAGCACCAACAUCACGUUGACUGCUAUGACUCUUAAAACUAACCAGGAGGCCAUAGCAGAGACACUGGAGUGCAAGAAGACAGGGAGAUUGUUCGGCAUUGCUGUCACCCACCUGAAAGCACGUACUGGCUGGGAGCAAUUUCAUUCUGCACAAGGCUGUGACCUCCCCCAGAACCUGCAGAACACCACCCAGGGAGCCAAGAUCCCACUUGUCUGUGGGGACUUUAAUGCAGAGCCCACAGAGGAAGUCUACAAACACUUUGCCUCUUCCAGCCUAAACCUAACCAGUGCCUAUAAACUGCUGAGUGCAAAUGGACAGUCUGAACCACCAUACACGACCUGGAAGAUCCAGACAUCUGGGGAGUGCCGGCACACACUGGAUUAUAUCUGGUCUUCCAAGCACGCUUUAAAUGUGCAGUCAGCUCUUGGCUUACUCACUGAGGAACAGAUUGGACCCAAUCAGCUACCAUCCUUCAAUUACCCUUCCGACCACCUGUGUCUAGUGUGUGACUUCAGCUUUAAUGAAUACCAGGACCGGUAUUUGUCUGGAUAG